AUGGCGAGCAGCGUGGAAGGAGGAGGGGACGCAGGGGAAGGGGAGUGGCUCAAGGUGGCCGAGCUGAAGGCCAUGGCGGAGGCCCAGGACCCGCAUGUCAAGGAGGUGGACAACAUGACGCUGCGGAGGUUCCUGCGCGCGCGCGACCACGACGUGGGCAAGGCCUCGGCGAUGCUGCUCAAGUUCGUGGCGUGGAGGCGGGAGGCCGUGCCGGGCGGCGUCGGCGGCGUGAUGCCGGCCGAUCUGGUGCGGACGGAGCUGUCGCAGGACAAGGCCCGCAUGGGCGGCGUCGACCGCGCCGGCCGCCCCGUCCUGCUCGUCUUCCCCGCCAGGCACUUGUCCGCCGACCGCGACAUGGCGGAGCACAAGCGACUUGUCGUGUACCUGCUGGACAGGAUCAGUGCCAGGAUCCCGCGGGGGCAGGACAAGUUCAUGUGCAUCGUGGACCUCAAGGGGUGGGGGUACCCCAACUCCGACGUGCGCGCCUACAUCGCCGCCAUCGAGAUCAUGCAGGGCUACUACCCGGAGCGGCUGGGCAAGGCGCUCAUGGUCCACGUGCCCUACAUCUUCAUGAAGGCCUGGAAGAUGGUCUACCCCUUCAUCGACACCAACACCAGGGACAAGUUCGUGUUCGUGGACGACAAGAACUUGGAGGAGACUCUGCGGCGGGAGAUGGACGAGAGCCAGGUGCCGGAGAUGUACGGCGGGAAGCUGCCCACUGUCCCCCUCACCGACGAUUAG